UGCACUCGAAGUCUUCCUUUUGCACUCUCAUUAUUAGUCGUCGUCGCCACCCACAAAAUGUCAGAAUCUCCGCAGGUCAACUGGUGCUUUGCACCUCUCCGCCACUCUCUCAUUAUUAUUAGUCGUUUUCGAAAAUGCUCCUGCUUGCUUCUACACUGUUAAGCUUUCUUUUUUUCCAAGUUGCCCUCUAAUUGUACGUAUGCGAAGACUUGGACACGUACGUAGCCUUUAUAAAGCUCUCUCCCUAUUGCUAACCAUCUUGCUAUUAUCAACAUACCCCCCUCCUGCCUGCCUCUCCCUUUCUUUUCAGCAAGUAAAGAGAGCAGAGCAAAUGGGACGUCCUGAAGCAGAUUCUUCUUCGUAUGAAACUGAUCAGCCACAGGAACACCAUUGCGAGCAGACAUCAGAAGCUACACAAACUCAAGAUGAUUUCUCUUCGCAUGCAUAUGCAACUAACUAUAAUGAUUCAAGCCAACGAGAUCAUUACGGAUCCCAGUACGCGGACACACCCGCAAAUAACCCCCAGGAUCAACAACCACCGCCACCACCUCCUCCUCAGCAGCAGCAGCAGCAGCAGUACAACCCGCCACAAGCUAAUCAGGGAUAUGGGGGCCAACCAGCCCAGCCCUCACAGUUCCCGCCCCAAGGCCCACAAACCAAUCCGAUGUACUCAAAUGGUCCCACUCGGCCUGCACCAUAUCCACCACAAGGACCACAAACAAAUCCAACUCAGCCCGCACCAUACCCACCUCAGGGCCAACAAACGUUUCAAACUCAGCCCGCACCAUACCCACCUCAGGGCCAACAAACGUUUCAAACUCAGCCCGCACCAUACCCACCUCAGAACCCAAUGAAGCCUGCAGCAUACCCACCGCAAGGCCCACAAACAUUUCCAAAUCAGCCUGCUCAGUUCCCACCGCAAAGCCCACAAACAUUUCCAAAUCAGCCAGCUCAGUUCCCACCGCAAAGCCCACAAACUAACCCUCAAUUCCCAAACCAAGGCCCUCAAGAAAUGCCCCAGGCAUUUCCACCACAGGCCUUUCAAAAUGCUUACCAAGCCCCUCAGCCUCAGGUAGCUCAAUUCCCUCCAAAAAGUCCGGCACCUGGAAUCCCAAUGCAAGUCAUGAAUCAACAACAGCAGGGAUGGACAACUGGGAUAUUUGACUGCAUGGAUGAUCCAACAAAUGCUCUCAUAACAGCUUUGUUUCCAUGCGUGACAUUUGGUCAGGUCGCAGAAAUUGUUGACAAUGGCCAGACGACAUGCGGGACAAAUGGAAUGAUCUAUGGUACGGUGGCCUUCUGCAUUGCCAUGCCGUGCAUAGUAUCUUGCGGUUACCGCUCCAAGCUUAGAGCCAAGUACGGACUCAUCGAGGACCCAGCACCGGACUGGCUCACUCACUGCCUUUUUGAAUGGUGUGCUCUUUGUCAAGAAUAUAGAGAGCUUAAUAACAGAGGCCUGGAUCCUUCCAUUGGAUGGCAGGGAAAUUUAGCGAGGCAGAAUAUGAUGCAGGCUCAAGUUGGUAUGGUGCCUCCAAUGAACCAAAGAAUGAUGCCUUGAUGCGCUAAUGUUCAUCACAAGGGACACGGAUGUAGUUUACGUUUGCCGAUUCUUAUAUUUUCCAUCUUCUUUUUUUCUUUUUCUUUUUUUUAUCUCAACCACGUUUUCUAUGUAAUGUUGAAAAUUUAAUUGGAGAAGUGUACUCAUGCUUGUUGUAACUUUUUUUUUUAAUGUAAUUUUUUUUAAUCUA